UCCGGACAGAAUUUGAGCGACGGGGCGAGGAUUCAUCAAGAGCUCUUGCAGGCUGCAAGUCAAACAGAUCCAGAUUUGGAUUCAGAAAGAGCGAGAGAGAGAGAGGGAGAGAGUGAGAAAGAGAGGUGGUGCAGUGGGCAGUGUCCAGCGCAGGCGGUGGUUUCAUUCGCCUAUAUAGUGCUGUCGGAUCAAACCGGGUUACUAUUUUCUUCACCGAGACUUAGAUGAUAUCGUUCUGAUCGGGUCCGAGAACGAGGUGAAUUCUGAGUCGAGACGUUACCUGUAGUUGUUAUUGCAGAGGAGACUGCCUCGGAGUCGGAUGCUGUAGGUGUACAGGAAGCUGGCUAGGUGGGUGAUAGUGGCCUUAGAGGGGUCGAUUCGGCAAGGAGGUUGAAAAUUCUCCGUUGGGGUUCGGCCGUGGUGUCAAUCCGCGUUGUGGAUGCCUAGUAGAUAGCUACAGUUGAGUGUCUCAAGCUAUUCUAGCAUCUUGUUCAUAGUGUCUUGGUCUUCUCUGGAGACCAGAGAGUGGUGGAGACUUAUUCAGCUAGGUUUUGGUUUCACGCCGGCUGUGCUCCGCGACAGCUUGUAGUCUUUCCGUUCGUUGACGAAGGACUUUGAUUCACCGAAAGGUAAACUUAGAUAGUUGAGUGCUUCGAUAUCGGCUUGUGGUCACUGGAUCAUCUCUAGUGGUAGCUCACUGUAGGCAGUCAGGGAAAGGACUUCAGAGUGCAGUAACCGUCGUCGCAACUUGUCAUCACUUUGCUGUGUCUGCUAUCGCCUCUUCUUCUUCUUCUUCUUCUUCUGCUUCUUUCUUUUCCUCGGUGUUGCUAAGAUGACGAGACUUUCUAAGGCGAGUGAAGACGUUCGGAAAGGAGCAUGGGCUGCGGAGGAGGAUGAGAAACUCCGCAAGUAUGUAGAAACCUACGGGACUGGUCACUGGCGCAGCGUUGGAAAGAAAGCAGGUCUUAGGAGAUGUGGGAAGAGCUGUCGUUUGCGUUGGACGAAUUAUUUGCGGCCUGAUAUUCGGCAUGGGAGUUUCACUCCACAGGAAGAGGAUCUCAUUGUCAAGCUGCAUGCAGCUCAUGGAAGCAGAUGGUCUCUCAUUGCUGCACAGAUGCCAGGUAGAACCGAUAAUGACAUCAAGAAUCACUGGAAUACUCGGCUGAAGAAAAAGCUGUGUGACAUGGGCAUAGACCCCGUCACCCACAAGCCCAUAGCUGACUUGCUCAGAGACCUUGCUGGAACUAUGGGUCAGUCAUCUGGAGGAAUCAAUCAGAUAGCUGAAGAAGCCGCACGAAGGUGCUUUCGAGAUAACCUUGUGAGCAAAGCAGUGCGAGAGUGCGGGAAGAACGUCAACUCUGCCCCCACGGUGUCCCAGUUCAUGAAUCAGGCUUUGAAUGUUCAGCACACUGAGGAAGUCAUGUCCAUUCAUCUAGAGCUUCAUGGCGGCGGCGAUCACAUGGGCCAGAAAAGCUCCAACAAUUCUGGUAACUCUCACAGCAUGGACGAGAGCAGUAGCACUGACGAGGCUCCCUCAAGGCGCUCUCUUAGCCCCCCCAUUUCCACCAAUUUCGAUCAGCGAAGAGGCGCAACAGGCACGGUGGUGGAAAGCUCCUGCGGCCAGAUUGCGUACCUUUCUUCAACUCAAAUGCAGAACGAAGCCAACUUGCAGGCUAGAUUCACGGAAGGUGGUGCCACUCCCACAGGUUCUUUCCAUGACCCCACCCCAGGAUGCACCUCUGUGACCACCACCUCCCUCCAAAGUGCAGGCGCGGACGUUUUUUACCAACGAAAACGUGACCCGACUCUUGUGGGGUCUGGAAAACCCUUCCAGACGAGGACUGAAUACAACCGCUGGUUGUCAUCCCGAAGCGCUCCUCCACAAGAAGACUUUCUCAAUUCCGUGGUACAGUUACCCCUCAGUCGGUUCGGCUCAGAGGUCCAGAACCAGAUGGCGGUUCCAAACCACGCCGAGGUUUCCUACAUGCAGGGAUCCGACGUAACUAGGUCGCAGUCGACCUCCGCAGCUAGUAAAUUGGACAUCAGGAUCAACCUCGGGUUUAACCAGCAGCCGGCAUCGUUGCAAGAGAGUUUGAAUUUUGGCUACAGAAACUUCAGUAGUCCUUUAAUGUCGUCGAACUCAACGGGAAAUUCCUUGCUGGACACCAACACGCAGCAUGCUUUGUCUGGAUACGCUGGACAAUUCUCUAGCUCCAUUAUCACCCCAAGCAACGUGAAUAUGGCGAGUUUCAACAGCCCCUUAGCUGGGGCGACUGCAGGCUUGCGGCUCCAUGAAUAUGAAGUGCCGAGUCCGAGGAUGGUGUUGUGGGACUUUCAGGAGUAGACAUUAAUUCGCAGCAAAUUGGUUAGGUUUCUUGUCGGAUAAUUUUGGUGAGAUGCUUCCCUCAGCAAUUGAUAUGCACAUUCUCAUGAUCUGCUAGGCAGGCUUCGAAAGCUCACUUUGUUAGUUAGGGUAGGAGGAAGCGUCCAUGAACACAGGCUGCUAAAAUUAUCCUGAAACACCAUAUUUGUUAAAUUGGCAGAUUCCAAACUGCCAAAAUUUGUCACUCACAGGCCUCACACUUCUGAGAAACUUCUCCAAAUUUAGACUGAUCUAGUUGCGUGGUUCCGCCACAGCUACUAAAAUUGGUCAAUGCAGUGCAUAAAAAGAAAAAUAAACACAAAAAUUUGAUCUCA